AGAAGAAAGAAAAACCGCAAACGGCUGCAACUCUCACGGAUCUCAGCAACAGGGGGAAAAACAGAGCCGUCACCAGAAACCCUCUCUCUCUCUCUCUCUCUCUCUCUCUCAGGAACAGUAGACUUCAAACAAUCACAAGGAGAAGAAUCUGAUGGAGCCGUGUGUUUGUUUGGUGGGUCAUGACCGAGUUUGGGAGAUUCUAUGGCAACGGGUGAUGUCAUGAUAUUAUAUUCCAACACUAUCUGAAGAAAGCAAUAGCUCUUCUCUUUCUUGCGUGUUCGUGGUUGUCUUCUGGUGACCAAAGCCCUUUGGUCUGAGACUCUCUGACUUAGCAUAUGGGGGCGAAGUGUUGCCUCUGAGUUAAGAUUUUUCUUGCUGGGGGAAUUAAGAUUCUUUUGGGUGGAUUGAGAAUUGGGAUUCGGGGCUAAAUCCUCGGUGGAAGUUCAUCCUCCAUCUCUACUGUAGUUUUCUUUCUUGGAUCAUAAUCGUGCCUGUAAUGAUUUGAGUGACUUCUGGACUCAAGGGACAAGCUGCGAUGGACUAUGGUCCCCCCACACCCAAGUCUCCGUUUGAGAAAAUUUCUGAUGUUGAUAUCGACCUGGAUUUCUUAGAUGAGUUCUUUCUUGAUGGUUGCUGGGUAGAAACAGCUGAUGCUUUCAGCCUCUUCCCAGAGAGUCCGACUUCUGCUGCUCCAAAUGAAGCCCUGAGCCAUUCAGUCUCAGAGGAGACUCAUACUGGUAAUCCAAGUAUCGAAUCAUAUCAGAAUGCAUUUCAAGAAGAAACUAGAGGAAAUAACUUUUCAGGAAUUUCACCUUCGGCUGAUCCUCAAACUGGCAAACUCGUGGAACCUCGAACUCAAGGUGCGAAUUCUGUUGGAAACGCCACAUCUCUUGGCCAAGUUCAAGGUACCGAAGCAAGUAAAAGAAUGUGGAUCGCGCCAAAGAGCAGUCCGGGUUUAUCUUCAUCUAUAAAGCUGAGAUUAAUGCAGGCUAUUAGUCACUUGAGCGAAUCCAGCAAAGGCAGAGAUAUGCUUAUCCAGAUAUGGGUGCCGGUUAGGAGAGAAGGCAGGCAGGUGCUUACAACAGAAGACCAGCCCUUUUCACUCGGUCUCAACUCAAGAAGCCUCGAGAUAUACAGAAGUGUAUCUAAAUCAUACCAAUUUUCAGCUGAUGAUGAUUCGAAAGACCACAUCGGAUUGCCGGGCCGUGUUUUCAUUGGGAAGCUUCCUGAGUGGACUCCUGAUGUCCGUUUCUUCAGUACCGAAGAAUACCCGCGCAUUAAUUAUGCGCGGCAGUACGAUGUUCGCGGGUCUCUUGCGGUUCCAGUCUUCGAACGCGGGAGUGGGACGUGCCUGGGUGUUGUUGAGAUCGUGAUGACGUCUCAAAGGAUCAAUUACCGUCCUGAUCUGGAGAAUGUUUGUAAAGCUUUGGAGGCUGUUGAUCUUAGAAGUACCCAAAGCUUCAACCCCUCUACUGUGAAGGUCGAUGUGCUGUACGAAGCAGUAAUACCACAAAUUCAAGAGGUUUUGAAGUUUGUGAACAAGACAUACAAUUUGCCAAUAGCCUUGACUUGGGCCUCGUGCAUCAAACAAGGCAAAGAAGGAUGCCGGCAUUCAGACGAGAAUUAUUCUCUCUGCCUCUCCACCAUGGACUCCGCUUGCUUGGUAGCGGAUCUCAAAAUGCUUGGGUUUCAUGAGGCAUGUUCUGAGCAUCACCUUCUAAAGGGCCAAGGAAUUGUUGGAGAAGCAUUCACAACAGAUAAACCCUGCUUCUCCAAUGAUAUAACUGCCUUUGGCCACAUUGAUUAUCCACUCUCUCACCAUGCUAGAAUGUUCGGGUUACAAUCUGCCUUGGCUAUUCCCGUGAUAAACAUAUACACGGGAUUAGCUGAAUUUGUACUGGAGCUUUUUUUACCGAAGGAUUUUGAAGACAUGGAGAGGGGAAAGCGGACACUGAACUUGCUGUGUGCUGACGUACAUCAAGCAUUUCAGAAUUCUCAGUUUUUGACUGAGAAAGAUCUUAGUGGGACAAUUGUUUUGCCUGUUAGAGAGAUAGGAGUUGCCACGGAGAAGAGGCUUCAGAAGAAAGAAACCGAGGUAGUGUCCUCUUCUAGGAAACGAACCUCUUCGGAAGAGUCAUCCUGGAUUGCUCACAUGGUGGAGACUCAGACGAUGGGCAAUGGAGUCUCCAUUUCAUCAACUUACGCCACUGGAACCAAAGAAUCAUUCAACGUAACAACGCAACAUCAGGAGUUUUGGCACCUUCAGCAGAAUUCUGAGCACAUCACUGGUGUUGAGGGCAGGAGCGAUUCUUCAUCUUUGCUGGAAGCCUCAAGAGGUACCAGAAAAGCUGGUCAGAAGGGACAAACUAAGAUGGAGAAGACUAUUAGCAUGGAUGUUCUCCGACAAUACUUUGCUGGAAGCCUCAAAGAUGCUGCAAAAAAAAUAGGAGUGUGUCCAACGACUCUCAAAAGGAUAUGCCGGCAGCAUGGAAUAACCCGGUGGCCUUCACGAAAGAUCAAGAAGGUAAAUCAUUCCCUAAAGAAACUCCAGCACGUAAUUGACUCGGUCCAAGGAACUGAGGGUACUAUCAAGCUUGGGUCCUUUUAUGCAAGCUUCCCCGAACUAAGUCCGAAGAUCUCUGGAGAUGGACCCAGCUCAUCAAAGCAGAGUGAUCCUCCAAAACAAACAGAUCAUCAGCCUGAUAUCAACAUAGAUAGUUCUGCAGCCACCACUUCGAAUUCUCCAUCUGCAUCAUGCAGUCGGAGCUCCCCUUCAAGCACUUCUUGCUCCACUGGAGCAAAUAUGGAUUCUACCACCAUCCCAGCCUCAAGCAGCAGAAAUGAUCAGAUGAUUGAAGACCCUUUUAAAUUACUAAAGAGGGCUCGCAGUCAUGCAGAAUUACAUGUUCCACCUACAAAUGAACCCCAGAUUCUUGCGAGAUCCCAUAGCCACAAGUCAUUUGGCGAGCUUCCCUUACCAAACUUUCAGGGGCAGUAUCUUCAGGAUGGACUAAUUUUCAAAGUGAAGGCCACGUUCGGGGAAGAAAAAAUCCGGUUGGUGUUGCAACCAACAUGGGGUUUUGCAGAUCUGCGACAAGAGAUUGCAAAGCGUUUCAGUAUAGAUGUUGGUGAAAUCGACCUAAAAUAUUUGGAUGACGAUAGGGAAUGGGUUCUUUUGACAUGUGAUGCUGACCUCGAAGAGUGCAUGGAUGUGUAUAGAACAUCCCAAGGCCACACCAUCCGUAUAUCCGUCCAUCCGGCUUCCCAUCCACAUAGAAAUUCAUUGGGAAGCAGCGGGCCCACUGAUAAGCGUUUUCUAUGAGCUAAGUGUUCCAUGUAUUUCUUUAAUAAGAUGGCGUUGACUUUCAAAAGUCUGGGCAGACCUGUCAAUGUACAGUGUAAGCAGAUAGAACAAUCAUAAGAACAGGUAUUUGCUCUCUUCCACAUGGGUGACUGUUAUAACAGCAAUGAGCAUCAACCUUGUAAAUAAAAAAUGAAGUUAGUAAAUGAGGAGCUCCCUAUAAUAUAA